GAGAAAUGUGUAGAAUGAUGCGUAACACUCCACAUUUUAUCAUUACAUAAGUUGUGGAAAGCAAAGAGAGGGUUUGUUUUAGAGUUGACUUCUUGCUUUAAAAUCAUUUGCAAUUUUCAAUCAUUUGACAAACUCAAGGGAUUCGUGUUGUUGUUGCUGUUGUUGUUGUGUUAGACCAAAAGUUGUUUGUUUUUCUCCUUGCUGAAACUACUUCCAGUUCAUAUAGAUGAAAGGAACGAGUUUAAUACACAUGAAGAAAUAAUAAAAGAAAAGAUAAACAAAAACAACAGAGAGGGAACCCUUAAAAGAAGAAAAAAAAGAAAAACAAAAGAAAACAUUGUUAUAUUUGGAGGUGAAUGUAGUUUGGUUAUGGAAUCUUCUCCAGAAAAAGAAUAUUUGUGCACCCUGACUCCUGAACUCAUAAAGAAGGCUGAGAAGGAGUUAAACGAGAAACCUCAAUGGCGGGAAAGAGAUAUUCAAGCUCUCAGAGAUAUGGUGAACAAACAGCAAGAUCUCUUUGCCCGAACAGAUGACGCAUUUCUACUCAGAUUUCUCCGUGCCAGGAAAUUUGACUAUGAUCGAGCAUUUAGCCUACUUUUGAAUUUUUACCGAAUGAAGGCUGAGAACAAAGACUUGUUUGUUGACCUGAAACCCUCGACAAUACAGCAUGUGCUGAGGUCAGGCCUGCUCACAGCUCUGGAGCACAGAGAUCGUGAAGGACGUAAAGUGAUUGUUCUCAAACCAGGCAGAUGGAACCCAGAGACAUUUCCACUUUUUGAUAUGUACAAAACUUGGUUUGUCAUCCUUUCAAAAUUGAUUGAAGAUGAAGAAACCCAAGUGAAUGGUAUCAUAACAAUAAUGGACCUAAAGGAUGUGGGUUGGGUCCAAGUGAGGGCUCUGAGUCCGUUUUAUGCCAAGAAAGUCACUUCAAUGAUACAAGAGUGCUUCCCAUUACGUCUGAAGGGCAUACAUUAUAUCCAUGAACCAAGCAUGUUUGAUAUUCUGUUCUCCAUUGUUCGCCCUUUUCUCAAGGAGAAGAUCGUCAAAAGGUUACAUUUCCAUGGACAGAAUGUCAGUGCUCUGCAUGAAUUUGUGUCUCCAGAAAAUCUGCCAGAGGAGUAUAACGGUGUUCUCAAGGAGAUAGAUAUUGAGGCUUGGACUGAGAACUUUCUGAAGUAUGAUGCUCAGUUUGAAGAAGAAUUUAAAUAUGGUUUCAAGAAACUACAGCAAGCUAACAAAUCGGUCAUCAAAGAAGAUGCGACUGGCGAGUGCUUGAUGGGGACAUACCGGAAGCUGGAAGUUGAUUAACUUCUCUCUCUCUCUCUCUCUCCCUCAAUCUUGCAAGAUGCUGAUGAGGACAAUAGUGGCAGUUUUGGUGGACUGAUAUAUGUCCACAAUCUCUUGAGUAGAAAAUGAGGGGAAGGUGUGGUCAGGGGGAGGGUAGGGGGCAAAACAAGAAUGUUCUUCGAGGAGGGAGGAAGGGAGGAAGUUGUUAUAUUAUCUCUAUUGUUGUUUUUUAUUUUCAUUGUUUAUAUUUUUUCUUUUAUUUUUGUAUUGUUUUCUGGUGCUGGUAAUUUACUUGAAUUUUUUUGUCCCCAUAUUUUUUAUUGUAAAUGGUAAAAAAAAAAAUUCAUUCAACCAAAAAAAAAAAUGGAAAGUUUUACUAAAUGGAUUCUGAGAUUUAAUGAAUUAACAGAUAAAUUAACAAAGUAAACUAAACUCAUUUUCAAACAAAAAAUUA